UCGUCACAGAAAUAAACAUUGACAUUAUUUUAAUCAAUUGUUAUUCUGAGGCAUAGUCGCAUAGAUAAGCUUCGCCGGUGAUCAGAAUACACUUAACACUGAGAAAUUGAGAAGUACGGUACGAGUGUGUGUACGACAUUACUAUAUCUUAUCAAAAAUUCGUAAAUACUGGACCCUCACACUUCACAGUUGUUGUUGUCUCCGUUUCAAACAAUAAUUACAAAUUUUAACCAUGGACAAUUUACGUAACGAAGUCAUUAUAAAAGUUAAAGAAGCAAUACGAGCGAAACUGAAAGAGAUGAACGCAAAUAGCAGCGAUGAGAUUAUUGAUUAUAUUAUGCUGUUAGUUACUACUAAAAAAUCUAGCUCCGAGUUAGCUAAAAGUAUUGAUUUUGUUAUGGAGAGUAAUACAACUGUUUUUGUGAAAUGGUUGUCAACCAUUAUUAAAAAAUUGCAACAAGUGACAGUCAGCACUACAAACCAGAUUGAAUCAGAUAAUCUCCAAACAUCUGAAGAAAAUAUUACAACCAACAAAAAAAAUGAAAUUGAUAAUAUUUCAAUCAGUGAAACUAGUGAUAUAAAGUUGAACAAUACCGUUGAAGAAAAAGAAGAUCUUAAUUUAAACAUUGAUAAUACAAAUAAUAUACAAACAUCUGUUCGAGAAAAACAUCAUAAUGUAUCUAAGUCAGAAAUGUAUGAUGACAAUACAAUAUCUUCUCCGUCAGACAAAGUAAAACCAAAAAUAAGCUUUUCACCAAUAGAAGCUAUUAAGAUUAAACAUAACAUAGUGGUAAAUCAAAAAAGCACUGCUGUAAAACCUUUACAAAAAAAUCAUCCUGCAAUUUUUAUUAAUCCUGGUUUUGUAUCAAAACAAAGUAUUAACAAUGAUAAUGAAACAGUAGAUGGUAAAAGAAAAAGACCUCGAAUAUCUAUGAGCAGUGAYAAUGAAGACAAGAAAAGUAACAUAUCUAAAGAUAAACUUCCAAUUACUAGUAAAGAACCAAUUAAACAGAUAGCAAAAAAGUUGCCAAAUAACAUUAACAAAAAAACCAUGUCACAAGUUGUAGUUGUUAAAACUCAUUGCGAAAAUAACUUAAAAGAAACCAGAAAUAAAUUAAAUAUGCACGAUCUAAUUGCACAGAGAGUAGAUCAUCAGCGCGGGGCUUUGGCCUUGGAUACUGCAUUCAAGUACAUUCAGCAACAAAUUGGUGCAUCAGAAAAAGAAAUUGCUGUUAUAAAAAAGUGGAGGGAUUAUGCUGUAGACAUGUUACGUCCCAACAAGAAUGAAUAGCAUUUAAAUUAUGAUAUUUUUWCAAAUUAUUUUUAUGGUUAAUUAUUUCAUUACUGAAAAUUAUUCCUUCCAACAUUACUUUAAAAGUAUUUAAACUUUAAAAUAAGUCAAGAUUGUUUCCUAAAAAAGUAAAAACUACUUAAAAACCUAGAAUAUUAUUAAUGUUACAUCUAUUUGGUUAAAAGUGUAMAAUGUAUUUAAAUAUUUAUUAUAAGUUAAAUAUCUGCAAGUAUUAACAUACCAUUAGAGUAUGUUGUAAAUUAUUGUGUUUAUAAUAAUUUGUAAAUAGAAAGUGACCUGUUAUUUUAAAAGACUGAAAUCUAUAAAUAAUAAUUUUUUUAAUCUUGGAUGAUCGUAUUUAUUUAUGCAAGCAUCUAGUUGUAUGAUUUUACAAUGGUCCAUAGUAUAUUAAUUUGUUAGAUUUGAAUAUGAAUGAAAAAAGUAUGUACAAAGUACCACACUUAGUUAUAAAAUAAAUAAAGCCAACUAUYCAAUUUUCAUCUAAUAUUGAUCAUGAGCUAAAUGUAAUAUGUUCUAACAUAAUUMAAAUUCAAACAYCAUACAAAAUAUUUACUGCUUUGGUGUACCAUUUGCUAACUAUCUGCUUUGCUUUUUCAGCUACAUUAUAUUUUUUUUUAUAAAAURGUUUGAAUUAAAUUUUGAAAUACUUAGGUUUAUUUUUGUGUGCCACUGUGAUCUGUGGUAGGUAUAAUUUAUAAAAUAGUUAAUUACCCAUAAUAUAGGUAAUUAACUAUGUUAUAUAUUAUUU